AUGCGCGCCACCGCCCCGCGGGCGAGGGCCAGGGUCAGGGUCCGCCGGUGCCAGGCGCAGCGCCAUGGCGAGCAUGGCGGGAGGCCCGCCGAGCGUGGCGGGCCGCCCGCCGAGCAGCGGGUGCUCAUUCCCGCCCACCUUCAGCGUGUCCGAGAUCAAGAAACAAAGCAGCGCCGGCACUUCAGUUCCUCUUCGCUGGACAGCAGCAGCAAGGAAGGUGGGGCGGGGCUGUUCAGCGGGCGGCGGGGAGGCUCGGGUCUGGCGGCUCUGGCUAACCGAAGCGCUGUCCUUCCCCGCAGGAGAAGCUGGACCGCCAAAGAAGAAGAGGAGAAGGAGCGAGAGGUCCCUCGAGACAAAUUAAGGCUACCGGCCGCAAGCGGCCGGUGUGGUCGCGGGCAGCCUGCACCGACCGCGGGGCGGGCACGGCGCGCCUGGGGACUGCAGCUCAGCCUUGGGCUGGGGCUCCUCAGCUUCGUGAGGGGAACGUCAUCUCCACAGACUUCAGUGAAACGGAGCAGCGAUUACAGUGAGGGUGUGAAACACUGCAGCAGGUUGCCCGGAGAGGUGGUGGAUGCCCCAUCUCUGGAAACAUUCAAGGCACCUCCAAAACCCAUACCAAAGACUAUUGAAAAUCAGCGAGUGUAUGACGAAACCACUGUAGAUCCCAAUGAUGAAGAGGUUGCUUUUGAUGAAGCAACUGAUGAAUUUGCACCAUAUUUCAACAGACAGACAGUUCCCAAGAUUCUUAUCACAACAUCAGACCGACCUCGUGGGAGAACAGUGAGAUUCUGUGAACAGCUGGCUACUGUUAUACCCAACUCACAUGUCUACUAUCGAAGAGGACUGGCUUUGAAAAGAAUUAUUCCACAGUGUAUUGCAAGGGACUUCACGGAUUUAAUUGUCAUUAAUGAAGAUCGCAAAAUACCAAACGGUCUUGUUUUAAGUCAUCUGCCUGAUGGUCCAACUGCUCAUUUUAGAAUGAGUAGUGUGCGUUUACGCAAAGAAAUAAAGCGAAAAGGGAAAGAGCCCACAGAGCACGUCCCCGAAGUGAUCCUGAACAAUUUCACAACGCGACUCGGCCAUUCCCUUGGCCGCAUGUUUGCUUCUCUCUUCCCGCAUGAUCCUCAGUUCAUUGGAAGACAAGUAGCUACGUUUCACAACCAGCGAGACUACAUCUUUUUCAGAUUCCACAGAUAUAUAUUCAAGAGUGAAAAGAAAGUGGGAAUUCAAGAACUUGGGCCACGUUUUACGUUAAAGCUGAGGUCGCUUCAAAAAGGAACUUUUGAUUCCAAAUUUGGAGAAUAUGAGUGGAUUCAUAAGCGUAGAGAAAUGGACACAAGUAGAAGAAAAUUCCACUUAUAAGUGAAAUCUGCCAAUUGCUGGUGACCAGGAAUACAGCAGCUGCUCUCAACUAUGGAUGAUUUCAGACUUCUAAUGAUAAUGAUACUGAACAGUAUCUGUCUGCAGAAAGACAAACUGCAAACAAUAACACUUUCUACAGCAGCAGAUCAAGUAGGAUGUGUCUUUCUUCCUGUUUGGAGUCAACAUGACAAGGACAAUGACUUUUUCCAGUUUAGCAGGAAAAACAUGGCAAUGUUUGAGCAGCCUGUAAUUUAGCUAUCACUGAAGGUUUGCCAUGAUUGCUGCUGUGCUGUAGAAGUAGAUUAUGCUUCACAACAUCAAAGACAGCAGAUACGUCAGUUAGAGAAAUUCUCAAAAUAAAGUAUUUCUAGUUUUACA